UGGCAUUUUCAACAUUAAUCAUACGUCGCGUGUGCCAUGCGACAAUUUAAUUUUAAUUACAGACAAAGCGAAAACGACCCUGAACUUUGAACUGGCGCGUGAACUCGCACCGCGAAGUAAACAGCAAAGAGCAAGAAGACACAAGCAACAACACCAUCAAAUACCAACAACAUCAACAAUAUGGCCAGCAAGGGCCGCCAUCGUAAGCUGGGCCAGCGCAGCACGGAGCUCGACACAGAGGCGACAGCAGCGCUGUUGAAAUCAUCACCAAACAUAUUGGAGAACUUUGCCUACGACGACUUCCAGGCACAGGCACACGCCCAACUCAAACGGAUGGCGACGGUACCGGGACAGGUGAAGAGGCCAUCUUCGCCACGUUUCUGUGAGACGCUGGAGCGGCAUGCAUUCAUGAGGAAUGUGAUAAAUACACGGCCGGAGCCACAGCGUCGCUACUCGACGCCCGGGGAGAAGGAGGCGCAUGUGCGUCGCAGUCUGGAGGAGAUCUCCAAUGAUAUAAAAGAGAUUGAGCAAUUUGUCAGCGCCACCGAGCAGCUGAUGCAGCGCGAAAAGGAACAGGAACUGCAGGCGAUCCAAAACCGCAAACGCGACAAGGAGAACAAGACGCCCAGUCCGGCCAAGCGGAUUAGCUACAAGAUCAAUGCCUACAAAGCACCACAGCGUCGCCAGCGUCCACACAGUCCACGAUUCUUUCAUUCGAGACUCUACUUUCGCAACGGGCGCAUUGGUUGCGUGGAUGCCGAGCGAUCGGGUCAGAUCGGCAACAUUGAGAGCACCCAUGCCCUGGUCAAGCACAUACUGAAGCACGAGAAACCUCUUGUCAGUCCGGAAAGUGUGCGGCGUGUGUUGCAGCCACAAUAUGUGGAGCUAACACCACUACCGGGUGCAGUGGAGGAACCCAUAGAUCCAGUCGCUGCACGACGGGAGGCGGAAUUGCGAAGUGCUACAGGCCAAGUGCUGCUGGAGCCAACAGAGCCGGACAACAGUUCACAGCCCGUGGCGGAUGAGGAUGAACAGGAUGUGCAGAUCUGUUACAAUGAAUCACCGGAGCAGCAGAACAAUGAUCGCAAUAUGCGCACCACGCGCUCCUCCUCGCUCAAUGAGAGCGAAAUCGUUGCCGUUGUCGAGGCAGACACAAAUGUGAAUCACCGGGCCAGCAGUACCGGCAGCUUGGACUCGCAGGGUCAACAGUUUCUGCGCGAUCAGGUGCGUCAUUUGGUGCGUCGCUUUACGGCCAGGGCGAACAAGGUUAAGUCACGCAUCGAACAGCCACCGACACCGUCAUCGAGUAGCGCCAGUUCACCGACACCGCCGCCAACAGCUCAGGGUGCACUGCAUGCGAGCACGAAGAGUCUGCAUCCAUCGCCGGAGCACAAGGUGCGCCUUGUCCCAGCCGGCCAGUCACCGCAACGCGGACGUCUCUUCGAGGCGGACACACCCCGCUCAAAUGUCUGGCUCUGCUCGAGUUUGUGUGGCGCCAACAACGAUGAGAGAACCCUCGAUCCACAGGGCAAGAUCUACAUAUCGUGGCUCUGUGUUGUCUCCCUGUCGUUCCUCUACAAUGCCUGGGUCAUCCCUUUGCGUGCUUCGUUUCCAUUCCAGACCAAGGAGAACACAAACAUUUGGCUUGCCUGCGAUUUCUGUGCAGAUAUCAUUUAUCUGCUGGAUGUUGUCUUCUUCAAGCAUCGCGUCAUGUAUUUAUUCGAAGGAUUUUGGGUGAAAAACAAAAAUUUAACGCGCAAAAACUACAUGAGAAAAUUGCAGUUUAAGUUGGAUUUGCUGGCCUUGCUGCCCUUGGAGCUAUUCUAUCUGAAGUUGGGCACCGGCGCUGUUUGGCUGCGUUUUCCACGUUUCUUCAAGAUACAAAGCUUCUGGGAGGUCUUCCGUCUCUUGGAUCGAGUCAUCUCCUCGCCACACUUCGUACGUGUGGCCAAGACGCUCACCUAUAUGCUCUACAUGAUACACAUAACAGCCGCCUUGUACUACGCCUAUAGCGACUAUCAGGGCUUGGGGCAGAAUCGAUGGGUCUUCAGUGGCAAGGGACAUCCGUAUGUGCGAUGUUUUGCCUUUGCCACCAAGACGGCGACUUCAAUUGGCAAGAAUCCAAAGCCGGAACGGCAGGGCGAAUAUGUAUUCAUGACGGUCGCCUGGCUGAUGGGCGUGUUUGUGUUUGCCCUGCUCAUUGGUCAGAUCAGGGAUAUCAUUUCAACGGCGACCAGGAACAGGCAUGAGUAUCGCCAGCUUGAGGAUGAGACACUGGAAUAUAUGCGGCGCUUGAAUCUCUCGCAGGAGGUGCAGUCAAGGGUUAAGAUGUGGUUUCAAUUUACCUGGGAGCAGCAGCGCACUCUGGAUGAGUCCAACAUACUGGACGCGCUGCCCAUCAAUCUAAAGACGGACAUUGCCAUUUCGGUGCACAUACAAACCCUGUCCAAGGUGCAGCUUUUUGCGGACUGUGAGGAGGCGCUGCUUAGGGAUCUGGUGUUGAAGCUACGCGCUGUUACCUUCCUGCCCGGUGAUUUUGUGUGCCGCAAGGGCGAAGUGGGUCGGGAGAUGUACAUUGUUAAGCUGGGCCAGGUGCAGGUGAUGGGUGGACCCGGCAGCGAUGUUGUCCUCGCCACUCUCACUGAGGGUUCCGUCUUUGGUGAGAUUAGUCUGCUGGGCAUCAAUGGCGCCGAUCGACGCACUGCUGAUGUCCGCUCCAAGGGCUACUCCAAUCUCUUUGUGCUCUCCAAAUCGGAUCUGAACGAGGUCAUCGCAUACUAUCCAACUGCCCAGGCGAUACUCAAGAAACGCGCUCGUCAAUUAAUGCGCAAGAAUGCGGCCCGCGAGCGCGAGGAGGAGGAACGUGAACGCGUUCGCAGUGCCCUGCAGGCUGAUGUUGUUAUCGGCAAUCCGAAGACACCGGAGACACCACCAAAAUUGCUGCAGACUGUCAUCCAGGCGCUGCCGUAUGAAUCACCCGCCGUGGUGCUCAUCACACGUGGCUCGAAGCGGGUGCGUCGCAAGCGGCAAUCAGUCCAAAUGGAGACGAUAGUGGAGCCCACUUUGGAUGUGAUUGGCAUCGCUGAGGCAACCACCGAGCAGGCGGGUAAUCGAGACAGUCUGAUAAUGAAACCAGGUCGGGGCUCCCCGGACUUACUUUCAUCCAUUCAGCGGGAGCUGAAGCUCAUUAAUCUGACGGAUUCGGAGAAGGCAUUGAUUAUCACACAAUCGGCGAAUAAUUCGAUGGAAUGCGUGCAGGACGAUGUCUAGUCUAAUCGAAAUAUAUAUAUAUAUUAUAUGGGCUAUAUAUGUAUUAGAUCUGCGAUAUAUGUGUACAUGUUUACAUGCUUUAUGGAUCCAAAUUGUCUAACAAUAUGCUUUACUUAUUAAAAUGUAGCUAUAAAA